GUAGGCGAUUAGAAAAUAAAGAGAAAAGCGCGGAAUGAAUAAAAUGGCGCAAAGAGCGGAAAGUAGGAGCGGGAAACGGGAAAAUGGUAAAAAGGAAUGAGAUUUUUUGUUUAUCGGCAAUUAAGCGGUGGGUUUUAUAUUUACUAGAGAUGAAAGGAAAAUGUGGUGUCAAAAGAUUUAAAAUAAAAAAUAGAUAGCUAAGAGGAAAAUAAAUUAAAGAAUUAUCUUGAGAAUGCAUGCCAUGAAGAAUGAUUCGAGAGGUGGUAUCGGGAAACGGGAAUUGCGCGAAUUCACUCGGGUGGGUUCGGGAUGAGUCGGUAUCGCAGAGUGAAAUGUCAAAUGAUUGUUGUUAUUGUGGAAUACAUGAAAGAAAACAAAAGCGGAACGCGAGUGAUUAACUAAAAUAGCAGUAAAAGGUGAGAAUUACAAAGGAAGUAAAGUUAAAUCAGAGAGGAAAGUUAGAAUGGAUGAAAGAGGAAUCGAUUUGGAGGAAAGAGAGCUCCGGGAGUACGAUGAAGAAGCAAUGGGAGGAGAUGAACAGGGAGAAGUGAUUAAACACUACAGGCAAAAGAUCCGUGAAUUGGAAAAGGAGAAUGAAGCGCUCAAACGGAGUACAUCUUCAUCAAGUUCAAGGGAAGUGGGAACAUUCCGGCUGGCUGGUGGGGAAAUUAAAGAUUUGAUCCCGGCGUUCCGACCUGGGGAAGAUGAGACAACCACAGAAGAGUGGAUUGAGAAUCUAGAAUCCAUGCGGGAGAUCUACGAAUGGACCGAUCAACAAGUUCUGCUGUAUGCGUCAAUUCGGCUCAAAGGAGCCGCAAAGAAGUGGCAUUCAACCACAAAGACGAAAACGUGGGAUGAAUUCAAGCGGGAACUGAUGAAAGCUUUUCCGGAGAAGAUUAAUGUAGGGAGGAUAAUUGAAGAGAUUCAAGGGAGAAAGAGAAAGCGAGAUGAAACCGUAACCGAGUACUUCUUUGAAAUGAGACAGAAAGGGAAAAAGAUAAAGCUGGAUGAUGCGACGAUCGCAAAGUACAUUAUAGCAGGACUGGGAGAUGAGAAAUUGAUCGGUAUGGUGGCCGGAGCUAACUACGACUCCCCACAGGAAUUGCUCCAGAAAAUCAAAGAUGCUGAGGAUAUUCGUAGAGCCAUGAGAAAACACGGAAUUGGCGAAUCAGGGGGGAAAGAAAAGGGAGGAAAAAACGAUGCACGGCCUGAACAAGAGAGCCAGGAUGGGAAUCAGGUGCAGAAAGUAUCUUGCUACAAUUGCGGGAAAGUUGGUCAGACAGCCAGAGAAUGCCAUGAAAGAGAAAACAAACAACGAGACAUGAAGGCAGAAAUCACGUGCUUCAAAUGCAACGAGAAAGGUCACAUAGCAAGAUUCUGUGGCAAAAAUGAGACAGACUCAAAGAUGAUCCAUAAGGGUAACAUGAGAAUAAUUGAAGUUGAGGAAAAAGAAAAUCCGAACUACAAGGAGGUGAAAAUUAACGAGAAAAAGCUCUGGGCUUACAUUGAUCAAGGGAGCGAUUGCACCACAAUGAGGAAAUCUGAUGUAGAAGCUCUGGGGGUGGAGAUUAAAUCGAGAACGACAACGCUGAGAGGAUUCGCAGGACAAUGCCAGACCGUGGGGCAAACGGAAGUAUGGGUUACGAUUGACGAGGUGCGAAGGCAAACAACCGUCCAUGUCGUUCCAGAUGAAGCUCAAGACAUCCCAGUGAUUGUCGGCCUUGAUAUUUUGGGAAAGGAAGACAUACGAGUCGUCAGGCAAGGCAAAACGUUGCAGAUAGAGGAUGUCCGGAAGGAUGCAAACGAGAAGACAAUUUGAAUUGUUAGAAAAAUAAAUUAAGCAACGUGCAAAUAGAUUGGUGGAGAGAAAACAAUUUUUUUUCUAUUACAGGAAGUGAGAGGGAAUAUUUAGUGUUUAACUCAGGAAAUGGGUGAACAUAAUAAGGGAGUGUAUCAGAGGUUCUAUAGGGUGAGUACAAAACUGAUAUGUUGACACAGGUGAAUGACAAAGCAGGAUUGUUGUAAAGAAUCUGAAAGUAAGUUUUUUUAUCUGAGAAUUGUAGGGAAGUCUUAGAAUGGGGGUUCGCAUAGGGACGUUGAAUGUUUAAGUCAAGCGAAGAAGGAAGUAAUAAAAAAAAAAUUGAGUUGAAUGAAGAAGGGAAGAAUAGGGAACUUCAUGCUGAAACACCCUUGGUUGAGUCCGAGACGUGUCCAGAAAGUUGAAGUCACUAGAGAAAUGCAAGCGAGGGAAAAUUAGAGUUAGGCAAAGUAGAGAUUGCGAGAAAGCUUCAUGCUGGAACACCCUUGGUUAAUUUCAAGACGGGUCCAGAAGAAGUCGAAGUCAA